AAAACAUAAAAUCAAAUGUCGAAGAAAUCAUUAGGGCUUGAUGUUCGGCUGGAAUUGGAAGGAUUGAUUUCAAAUGAUGAUACAAUCAGAUCUGAGAAAGAUGGUCGUCAAGCUUCAAUCUUUCGAGUCGCUGAACUAGAUGCUCGCACUGAAGCAGACAAUCUUCGUUCAAUAAUCCAUCAAAGUGCUCGAGAAGGAAAUGUAAACGCUCUUCAAGAAGCUCUGCUGAAAGCUCCAUUGGCAGUGAACGCCCAAGAUGGUGAUUUUAUGACACCGCUUCACUAUGCAGCGAGAUACGGAAACUAUGAUGCAGUUAAACUAUUACUUUCUAAAAAUGCUCUACCUAAUACAAAAAAUCGAGAAGGCGACACUCCGUUGCAUAUUGCUUCCAAGUAUAUCUAUGGAUACAGUGAUAUUUGCUCAAUUAUAGAUGAGGAUCAAGCUGAUUCCGCGAGAAAGUACAAUACUGCAACCAAGAAGAUCAUAAAUGCCUUAGUUUCUGAAAAUGCUGAAAUCGAUCCUGUGAAUAAGUACCAAUUGACUCCUCUUCACUAUGCAGCCAUGAAAUCCAACUUUUCUGCUCUACACGCUCUCAUAAAACUGAAAGCAGAUGUGGAUGCGGAAGAUGAUAACAAAAUGACACCUCUUCUAUUAGCCUGUGUUCAUGGAAGCCAAGAAAUAAUUCAAGAGCUUAUUAAAGCAAAUAGUAAUGUUACGAAAAGAGAUCAACGACUCAACACAGUAUUUCAUAUUGUUGCAUUGCGGGGUGAGCCGGAAUACUUAGAGAUGAUGAUGGAUCAUGAUCCAGUUGAAGCAAUCAAGGCAUUAAAUUUAUUUAAUAAUGAAAAGAAGACACCUUUGAGAAUGGCUGUAGAAGGAAAUCAUCCGGAAACUUUGAAAAAGAUUCUGCAGAUGGAAAAGAAAAAUUCAUGUAAAUGGAUGGAUAGGGAGAAGGAAUUGAUCCAUUUUGCCGCUGAAAAGGGAUUUUUAGAAGUUUUAAAAGCAUUAGUGGAAGCUGGAGGAAACAAGAAUGAACUGAAUGAAGUUAAAGCAGUGCCACUUCACGUUGCUGCUCAAAUGAAUCAAUUGGAAGUUGUAAGCUAUUUAAUAGAAGAGGAAAAGGAUAAUAUUGAUGUAGUCGAUGAACAAGGCUUGACUCCCUUGAUGAUGGCAGUCACUCAUGAUAGUAAAAAGUGUGUUGAGUACCUGAUUGCAAAAAAAGCAAACUUGACAAUCACGGAUAAAGAUGAACGUACCCCAGUAUUCAUUGGAGCCAAGUUCAAUGCUCUUUCUUCUGUUGAAUACAUUUUGGACCACCUUAGAAAAAAAAAUAAAGAGACUGAAAGAAGUGCUUUAAAGUCACCUACUCGAAAUACACUUCGGAUUGUGUCUGAAGACGUGAGGAGGACUAUGGUCAAUAUGGUAGAUCGAGAUCAAAACACUCCAAUGCAUAUUGUUGCUUCAAAUGGAUAUUUGGAAAUGAUGCAGUUGCUCCAAAAACACGGAGCAUCAAUUACUCAAGUGAACGAAGAUGAGGAGACUGCAUUGCACAGAGCUGCAAUUGGGGGUCAAACUGGAGCAGUAAGACAACUACUUGAAUGGGAUAUUCGACUUUUGUUGAUGAAAGAUGAAAUGGGAAAUAGUGCAUUGCAUUUGGCAGCCAGAAGUGGACACGAUGCCACAACAAAAGUUUUAUUGGACAACGGUGCUGAUAAGGAAGCAAAGAAUUCGUACCAAAAAACUCCGUUACAAGUAGCCGUGGAUUCUGGAAAAUUGGAAACCUGUCAGAGAUUAGUGGCAAAGGGAGCACAGAUUGAGAGCUCUAGUGAUACAAAAACAGUAUUGCAUACAGCUGCAUUCUAUGGUAAUGAAUCUAUCGUUAGAUACUUUAUCGCUGAGGGUGUCACAAUUGAUAGAAGAGAUGAAGAAGGAAAAACUGCAUUUGAUAUAGCAUGUGAGAAUGAUCAUAAGGAUGUGGCACGAGCAUUUCUAGAAACGGAUCAAUGGAAAAACUUGAUGAUUCCAUGUGAUGUGAUUCCAUUGGAUAAGCACAGAAAUCCUGUAAAUAUGAAAAGGAGAACACCCUUCAGAACUCUUCUGACAAAGUUUCCAGAACUAGCUUCGUUUGUUAUGGACAACUGUAUAGAAAAAAGCAAAGAAGAAACCGAUUCAACUCAAAGUGUUGCAUACAAUUUUGAAUUUCUCGAUGAUACUUACAUGAUGAGAUGUGUGAGUGAUGAUGGAACAGGAGAACAAUUAAUUGGAUGCAAAUCUGCAUAUGAUGAAGAUUUCAAACUGGAAAAGGAUGCACAAUCCUAUGCUUCCAAUUACGACCGCGUCUAUAAAUACCAUCCAUUGAAGCUAAUGGCAGACGCUGAAAAACUGCAUCUUCUCAACCAUCCACUAUCAAAAGCCCUUCUCAAAUACAAAUGGAAUCGGCUGGGGAGACCAAUGUAUUAUUUUGCUCUUUUCAUGUAUCUUGUUUUUAUUGUCAGUUUGACUCAAUAUGUAAGACAUACAAAGGCUCCAUACAAUGUUUGGAAUGAGGAAUCGUAUUAUGACAGUGAAUACUUCGAUGAAAACGAGACGUGCCCUCAGAUUAACACCACAAAACCUGACGUCGUAUGGAAAAUCAUCAUUCAAACUUUAGCCGUCUGUCAAAUUCUAGUGGAAUGUUUCCAAUUAUUCCAACGAAAAUUUGCAUAUCUGGUAAACUGGGAGAACUGGAUUGAUUGUUUUAUAUACUCAACAGCCCUUAUUACUGUAUACGACUUCUCCGAAUGCUCAGCAACAUCAGGAGUUCGUCAGAACUGGCAAUGGAUUCUAGCAGCUUUAUGCAUAUUUUUCGGAUGGAUCAACUUAUUGUUCAUGAUCAGAAAAAUGCCAAGAUUUGGAAUAUUCGUGGUGAUGUUUGUGGAUAUUGUGAAGACAUUCUUCCGCUUCUUCCCAGUUUUUGUGCUAUUCAUAAUUGCGUUCUCUUCAUCCUUCUACGUGAUCCUUCAAAAUAGACCGGAAUUUUCCACGAUCUUCAUGUCUCCUCUCAAAACUACAGUAAUGAUGAUUGGAGAAUUUGAGUUCACUGGAAUAUUUCACGGAGAUGAAACUACUCAUGCUGAGAAAAUGUUUGGCCCAGCACACACAGCAGUCGCAUGUGCACUUUUCUUCUUUUUCUGCAUAAUAAUGACAAUUCUCCUGAUGAAUCUACUUGUUGGUUUGGCAGUUGAUGAUAUUAAAGGUGUACAAGAAAAAGCUGAACUGAAACGUCUCGCAAUGCAAGUUGAUCUUGUUCUGCAAAUUGAGGCCUCUCUUCACUUUUUCAUUCAACGAACCAAAAAAUAUGCGACUUGCCGUUAUGCAACUUUUCCAUACGGAAAACUUCAUAAGACUGGUUUUGCCGGAUGGUGGUCCAAUUUCAGAAGAAGAUUCGGGUUGAGUGUCAGCACUGAUCCAGAAAUUGACGAGAUGUAUGAACGGGAAGCGGAGUUCACUUCUGAAAUGACUCAAAAACUUCAAAACCAAGCAGCUAAACUCAAAAAUAUUCAAGAAAAUAUUGAUGUGAUGUACGAGAAGCAAGUACGACUUGAAGCAAUCAUUGCAAAGCUCGCGACAGGGCUCAACAUAAAUAUUGAACUUGAGGAGAAAGAUAACUGAUUUAUGAAUACUUUUGGAAAAUUGAUCUCUAUUUGUGAUUUUUUUUUAUUUUUUAUUUGUUUUUUCUACGAAGUGUGAUAAAUUGUUUUU